AUGUUUGCUGUCUAUCUUGCUGCCAGUGUUUCAGGUGCUCAUCUGAAUCCUGCUAUAUCCAUUGCUCAAUGUAUACUCGGUAAUAUACCUGGAUGGAAAGUGAUCCUUUACUCCUUAGCUCAGCUGAUCGGCGCUUAUCUUGGCACGGCUGUUAGUUACUUUGGACAUCACGAUGACCUGUGGAAGCUCGAUGGUGGCAUCCGGCAGGUAACUGGAGCACAAGGGACUGCUGGUCUAUUCACGACAUUUCCCACUGCGUACAUGAGCACAUGGGGCAGUCUUCUUGACCAGAUCAUAGGCACAGCAAUACUUGCCGGUCUCAUCUGCAUGAUUACGGACAAACGACACAGAAUUCCGGCUGGUUUCGUGCCGCCAUUGGCUGGGUCGAUCAUGAGCAUGGUUGCCAUGACAUUUGGUGCCAACGGCGGUUUCGCUAUCAAUCCAGCUCGAGAUCUUGGUCCAAGGCUGUUCACCCUUUGUGCAGGUUACGGAUGGCAGGUGUUCAGUUGCCAGCAAUUUGGUGCAACGGCGGUUUGCUAUCAAUCCGCAGCUCGGAGAUACUUGGUCAAGGAUGCUUCACGCUUUUGUGCAGGUUACGGAUGGCAGGUGUUCAGUGCCUAUGGAUUCUAUUUCUGGAUUCCGAUUGUGGGUCCAUUGAUUGGCGCCGUUCUCGGCGCCUGGAUCUACAAAUUGUUCGUUGGACUUCAUGGACUUAAUGAAGAACUCGAGGUGUCCUCAAAAGGUUACAAUGUGAGUUUGCCCGUGUACACGAAUGGCGAAUCGCAUGUUAAGACGAGGGCCGGCUAA